AGUCAGCCAGACUAAGAACUGAAUAUAGCGACGCAAAUACAUCGCCCUGAACACUUUAGAAAUCUCCAUUCCAUUAUCUAAUGACUUGUAAAUUUGUGUUAUAGAUUACAUCUAUUUUUUAUUUUAUUUUUUACAACAGGACGACAACAAGAUGGAACUUAAUUCUCUUUUAAUUUUGCUGGAGGCUGCAGAGUACUUGGAAAGAAAAGACAGAGGGGCAGAACACGGUUAUGCCUCCGUUUUACCGUACAGUGACGACUUUUCCAGAAAGAAAACGAAAGCAUCGCCAAUCUCCAGAAAAGCUCAGAACAAUAGAUCGUCGCACAAUGAGCUGGAGAAACACAGACGUGCCAAACUACGGCUGUACCUGGAGCAGCUGAAGAAGCUGGUGCCUUUAGGUCCCGACAGCACAAGACACACCACACUGAGCCUGCUGAAAAGGGCCAAGAUGCACAUCAAGAAGCUGGAGGAGCAGGACAGGAAGGCUUUAAAUGUGAAGGAGCAGCUACAGAGAGAGCACCGCUACCUCAAACGCCGCCUUGAGCAGCUCUCUGUGUCCGGAUCGGUUGAACGCAUUCGCACCGACAGCAUGGGCUCCACCAUCUCCACCGACUCUGAGCAAGAGGUGGACAUAGAGGGCAUUGAGUUCACUCCCCUGGAGGCGGACAGCGUGGACAGCAUCAGCGACGGCGAGGAGGAGGACCACUACAGCCUGCAGAGCAGCUCCAGCGACACCAGCUACACAGCCACACAUUCCCACAGACUGCAGCCGCACCACUGUUAAGACGCCGCACGGCCAUCCUUCUACCAACCAGCGUACUUCCCCCAUGCUUCCCAACUUUCCCCCUGACCAUUUGCUCAAAGCUGAGGCCGCCUACUACCUAGAGACCAGUCUAUAACAGGGGUACACCCUCAGCCUGUGUCUACUUCCCUGGUCCCAGCUUUCCAGGAAGCACACAGGGCAGAAAUGCCACUCGAGCCUUCGUGACCCCACCCCCCACCCCACUGACCCUACCUCACCCUACUGUAUCCUGCCUGAACCUGCCCCUCCUCACGCACCCUGCCUUCCCACUGCCCUCACAACCCCGACCUAGUGUUGCAGCAGGCUCAGAGAGAGCACAGCAGAAUAUGUGGUUUUUAAAGGGGACAUUUGUGGUGUGGUGUUCAGCUUUGACCGGUUAAUCAGGAUUUGAAAAAAAGUGUUUUUAAUAGUGUGUGUGUGUGUGUGUGUGUGCGAGAGAGAGAAUGCCCCCUUUAUGAGUGUUAAAGGGGGAAAAACUUCUAAAAUAAGUUUCACUCUUAACCUUGAAAGAUUUUUAACAUCAUACAGUAUCUUCCCUCUACGCCGUAAGAUUCACACAGUGUGACCCUGAAGAUGUUCCCUCAAAUGUUCAACUGCAGAAAAAUGACAUGAAUUAGAGGAACAGUUAAACAUUUAGAGGGAAAUAUUCAUCCACCUGUGUGCUAUAAGGGAAAUAUCUGCGUGUUCGAUAUGAAGCCGGAGCUAGCAGCUGCUAGCUUAGUUUGGUACAAAGCUACAGUAUAUACAAAAGGAUGCAGCUAGCCUUUUGGUGCUCAAAGUUUUGAAACAAAUAUUCCCAUCAGCACUUAGCCAACACGUAUUAUGUCAUUUUUAAUUUAUCUGUAUAAAAAAACGAUGUUUUUGUUUAGUGAUUGUUUAAACAGGGUACUGAAGUCACAUCUUAAAACCCUUAAAAAAAACAACGACUUAACAACUUGUAUUUUCUUUAACUUAAAGGACUAAAUGUGUGUUUUCUUUUUCUGAAUGACUUUAGGUGCUUUACAGAGACUGACGAGCUGAUUUUAACUGUUGGGACAGAGACAGGCUAGCUGUCAUCACCAUUUCUAGCCUUUAUGCUACGCUAAGCUAUUGACUGCUGGCUCUGGCUUUAUUUUUUUGCAAAAGAUAAGACAGCAAGAAAAUUUGUUUCAUCCAAUUUCCCAAAAUAUAAAGUUGUUAAUUCACUAUUUUUAAAAGUGUGUGAAAAGAAACUUCUCUACCAAGUCUGAUAGUUCGCUGAUUGUGGGCCAAAAACAAACAGAAAACGUUACAGAGCUGUAGCAGAGAUUAUAUGUAUAUAGAUGUACAGUUACUGUCCAAACCCUCAUGUCUCCCGCUGGUUGGGUUGCCUAACCACUACUCCACACUACUGACCACUACACUAUAGCCACUCAUGGUGUGGAUGGACUACUAUGAGAGAUCAAAACAAUUUUAAUUGCCUCAGAAUUAAAAAAAAAAAAAAACUCUAUUCCUCAAAGAGUGAUGAAAAUCUUGUGUUUUCCUCCUCAGUAGCAAUUGAUGUAGCAAUAAACACGAGAGGUGCUUCCUCUUCGUGUUUAAAUGAUUCUGGUGGACCAAGAGGUGUCUGGGGAGACUUUUACAUUGUUACCCUGAUGAUGGCAACUGGGUGCUUAAAAAGAGAGAUGGACGUGCAGAGAGAAAGGGGAGAUUUCUCCUUUUUCUUUUCACUAAUGCACCCUCCUCUUUGCUCGCGCCAUUUACCAAGAAUUCACGUUUCUCUACAGCUCUGUUACUUUUCUUUUUAAAGAGGUGUUGAAUGAUGUGUGUCUGUGUUUCUCUUCAGUCCUGAUUAACAAGUCAAAGCACAUGUGGGGAAUAAUAUUAAAAGAAAAAAACAACAAAAAAAAAAACCAGCCAGCUCUAAUGAUUUGCUCUCUUUAGGGGUGUUUAGCUAACCCUAGCAAACUAAUCACUUUCAGAUUAAUGUUUAGUUUCUUUAACAAGGCUCAUCUAAUUUGGGCUCUGCAGCCUUGCUUUCUUCCUGGUGCUUCUGGGUACAGCUGAAGACUAAUGUAGUUUAAUGUGUUCUUUCACUUGUCUGUAAUUUAUGCACAAUAGUCACUAUUGACGGAGGAGGCGCUCCUGUCGCUCUCUGACCUUUUUAAUAAUCAUCAGACCUUAGUCUGUGGCAGUCUUUAGAGCUUGGCGUCCCAACACUUAUCAAAAACUAAGGCCAGUCCACGAUGGCGGGUCAGACCAAAAAAAACAAAAAAACAAUGAAAAAAAAGCAUGAAAAAGUUGCAUACAGAAAAAAGCUACUUGUCACUUCAGUGAUAUUAGCCAGUGUAGUCUAUAUUUCUUGUAUUAAAUUUUGUAUUAUAUUUUCCUAAAUGUUCUCUUGUAAUGAAAAGACAAAAAAGAGUGAUUAUCUAUCUAUAUAUACAUAUAAAUAUAUUAUAUAUAUAUAAAUAUGAAAGACAGACUGAUGUGAGGCCAGGCUUGUUUAAGAGAGAGUGGGGGCAGGGGAGCUAAUACACUGGCCCCUCUCCCAUGGGUGACUCUCUUUGCUGUCAUUCUGUGCCUUGGUGAGCCUUCGACCUCCAUCCUCUCCUCCUCCUCCUCCUCGUCCCUACUCAGGUCACACUCCUCUCCUCCUGUUAAUCCCAUCCUCCCUCCUCUUGUCCUCUGGCGGGGUUUAAGCCAAAACACUUCCAUAAGCAAAGGGGGAUCUGAAGACCUCAACGGACAUCAUUUAAAAAAAAAAAAAAAGCCUAUUUGGUCCUUACUGAACAUCCACUGUUGUUGUACACCCUCACCCAUGGCACUCCCCGCCCUCUUGACACCUCCCUCCCCCCCCCCAUCUGCCAGUGCCGCCUCUGUCACAGCAAAAUUGUACAAAAAAAACAAAAAAAAACAAGAACACACACUGGUAAACUCCCAUGGCAGCUUCCAGUCGCCCCGAAUGGUUACCAACGGGGCUGAAAAUCUUCUGGGCUUGAAGCGUGUUAAUCUUGUUUUGUUAAUUUAGUGAUUUUUCUUUUAUUGUACGUCUACUUUGUGUUUGUUCAAUGGGAGUCACUGGGACAGGAGCGAUAAAAGAAUAAUCCAAUCAAUGGCAGCUUAAGGUGUUAUCCUCCACGCUCCCGGUGGUCCGUCCCUAAUAAAAAUAGUGUUACCCAUUGAUCAGGGGACCUCUUGAGACACAGCAAUAUUACCAUCUUGUGCUUUCCGAGGGAGUGGGGUGGGGGUGGGUGGGAGGGGUUAAGACAAAGCAGGUGGUCUUUUGCUUUUGACUCUGUGGUGCAUUUUUUUUUUUUUUUUGGUGACCAACUCUAUAUUCUGUUUGGAUGAAUUUGACCUCCUAUCUGCACUCUCUCCAAACACUGCAGGAGGGCAAAACAAACUAACAAGAAUUUCUUCAAUUUUGUUUUUGUCCUUGAGUUUACAUUCAUGUCAAGAAGAUUUGUACAUGACUGUUUGUAGCAACAACAAAAAAGAAAAGUCCUUUCUCAAUGAGUUGGUCAAAUGAACAACUUGGGUAAAUCACAUUGUUGGCAUAGAGUGAUUCUCUUGCACAGAACCUCCCAGCAGAGAAGAGACUGAGUGAAUGAGACGAGCUGAGGGCCAGAUAUGAGAUUAUAAUGUUUCAGUGGCAUCAUUGAAAAACAUACAUAGCACACAGAAAGAGUGACUUAUGAGGAGCUGGAUGUGGAAACAUGUAGUUUGAAUGCUGGCAGGAUGGUGUUUAUGGAAAUACUUUUAAUGAUGUGCCUUGGACAAAGUUUUUUUUUUUUUCAAAAAAGAAGCAGAGAUUGUACCAAUUAGUGAGGACUGUUGUGGUUUGUAUUUGUACAAGAGGGAGGCAGCUGAAGAUGUUACCGCCUACUCCAUCUUUGCAAAAAAAAAAAAGAAGAAAGGUAAACAUGUCAAAAAAGCUGAACGAGCUCUUCAUUGAACUAAGAUCAAAGCGUCAUUUAAGAGUCAUCAGAGAGACGGGGCUCAGAUUAAACGGAUGGGGGGGGGGGUUGACUUCAGAGCAAGCACAGACAAGGUCUGAUAUGUGCUUUCAUGUUGCUGUUGCACAGAGAUUUACUCCAAUGUGUUGGUUUUUAAAAGAGCACAAAAGCAUGGUGUGGUGUUUGGGGAAAGUCAGCAGGCAGAGAUGGAGAAGGAAAGGGUGGGUGACGGGUUAAAUAUCAGGGUGCAGCAGCGACUGAGGGCCCCUCUGGAUCAAGUCUGAGCACACAGAUGAAACUCAACGACAUCAUCUUCUGCCUGCUGGGUAACGAUGCUUAUAAAAAUCUACAUGAGGACUUCCAUGAAAUUUUAUUCCUGCCAAAUAUGUAGUCACUUUUAAACCUUCCAUGCUGAAUGAUUAGGUCCUUUAUGUGAUUCCAGAUGAAUAGCUUUAACAUUUUGUAGGCUUUAGGUCAGCAACCCGCUUUCCACAGCCCCAGCCUAUAUGGUUUUUUUUUUUUCCCUCCUUGUUUUGUGUUUUUCUUUUGUAUCAUUUGACACUCUAACGUCAGAUAUGGGUGUCACAUUGUUAUCCUUUGAUUCUAGAGGCUGCAGAGGAGGGUGAAGCUGGCCAGGAUUUAGUGUUUGAGAGGCGGAUGGUGGGGGAGGGGGGGGGGGUCUUUGUCUGGGCUGACAUACUGUGCAGAGUAGGGAGAGUUCUGUGCCAGAGACCUGUGAAUAUGUUCCUUUUUAGCGGACGUGUAAUAUGCAUUCAGAAGAUGUUAUAUAAGUUCCUUUUAUUUCUUUGUUUUGUGCGUGUGAGUGUGCGACACGAGUACCUGGUGCUGGCUAUAUUUGAGCAAACACUUGAAGGUAUUGUGUAUUCUCUCAUUGUAAUAUAAUUAAAAAAAGGUUUUAUACAUAAAGUUGA